AUGGAGAAGACAUACUCGUUAACCGCCCACUACGAUGAGUUCCAGGAAGUUAAAUAUGGCGGUCGCUACAGCAGUGAUAUCCUCAGUAAUGGUAUGACUCUUAGUCUCGGGGGAAGCUUGGAUCGACAUACGACUCGUGGUCGAGGCGGGACUUUGUCCAACGGGCGAAACAAAGAUCUGGGAAGCACCAGCAGCAGCGGAGGACUUCCUCGAUGGAGUCGUAGGGAGAUAUGCCUCCUUUCGGCGCUGGUUUUUGCCGCCGGUAUGUGUGUUAUCUUGGGCAGCAUGUUGGCACUGAAGUACAUUUCCCUGGACGCCCAACAAGACCCUCAGUGUCGACAAGACUGCCAACGGAAACGCUCCCUUUUGAGGGCGGCACGAUUCGUCCAGUCCAAUAUUGACCCGACCAUUCAACCGUGCCAGGAUUUCUACUCGUUCGCAUGUGGCGGAUGGUUGAGGCGCCACGGCAUCCCCGAGGAUAAACUCAGCUACGGAAUAAUCACGGCCAUCGGGGAACACAACGAGGAGAAAAUGGAACGCCUACUUUUGGAGCCGAUAAAAAGACAAGGCGUCGAUUCGGCCGAGAGAAAAGUCAAGGACUUCUACCGAUCGUGCGUCAACGUGCAAGAGAUCGAUAAGUUGGGAUCGGACCCCUUGACGGAGGUGAUUGACAGCUGUGGAGGGUGGGACAUGAGUGGAGCUCCUCCCAAAACACCGGGGUGGGAGAGAGAGGGCGCCCCCCAGAGGCCGGACUUCAACGAGCUUCUGUACCGAACGCAGGGCGUCUACAGCACCGCCGUCUUCUUCUCGCUCACCGUCAACGUGGACGACAAGAACUCCUCCAGGAACGCAAUCAGGAUUGAUCAGGAAGGACUCACGCUGCCUGACAGCAGUCUGUAUCUGGGACAGGAUGAGGACAGUGUGAAGAUCCUGGCAGCGUACAAGGCUCUGAUGGAGCGUUUGCUAAGCAUGCUGGGAGCUCACAACGCCACGCAGAAGUCCAAGGAGAUUAUACAUCUGGAGACACGUCUGGCAAAUAUCACUGUGUCAGAAUAUGAUGACCAAAGAAAGGACAUCAGCACCAUGUAUAACCGCAUCACCCUCCGGCAGCUACAGAACAUCGCGCCCAGUCUUCACUGGAAACGUUUGCUGGACAGAAUCUUCCACGACAACUUAUCAGAAGACGAAGAGAUCGUGGUGCUCGCCACCGAUUACAUCCAGAAAGUCUCCGACAUCAUUAAGAGCACUUCACAGAGGGUUCUCCAUAACUACAUGCUGUGGCGCAUAGUGGCGGCUCUAAGUGAACACCUGUCCACGGCUUUCCGCAGCACCAUCCACGAGUUUUCCCGUGAGAUCGACGGCACGGAGCAGCAGCUGGAGCUCGGGCGCCUCUGCCUCACGCAGGCCAACAAACACUUUGGCAUGGCGCUGGGAGCGUUGUUCGUCCAGCAGCACUUCUCCUCUCAGAGCAAAGCAAAGGUUCAGGAGCUGGUGGAGGAGAUAAAGCACUCUCUGGACCUCCGUCUGCAGGAGCUGGACUGGAUGGACGAAGCCACCAAAGAUGCAGCAAGAGAAAAGUUGAAGCACAUGAUGGUGAUGACAGGAUAUCCAGACUUCCUGCUAAAACCUGAGCUCAUAGAUCAGGAAUACGGGUUCGAAGUGGACGAAAAGACCUAUUUCAAGAACAUCCUCAACAGCAUCAAGUUCAACAUCAAGCUGUCAGUGCAGAAGAUCCGUGAAGAAGUGGACAAGACGGCGUGGCUUCUCCCCCCGCAGGCCCUUAAUGCCUACUACCUCCCUAACAAGAAUCAAAUGGUGUUUCCUGCCGGCAUCCUUCAGCCCACUCUCUACAACCCAGAGUUCCCACAGUCUCUGAACUACGGAGGGAUAGGAGCGAUCAUUGGCCACGAGCUCACACAUGGAUAUGAUGACUGGGGGGGCCAGUAUGACCGCCACGGGAACCUCAAGCAGUGGUGGACGGAGGAGUCCUACACCAAGUUCCAGAAGAAAGCCGAGUGCAUCGUCAAGCUCUACGAUAACUUCACCGUGUAUAACCAGAAGGUGAACGGUCGUCUCACACUCGGGGAGAACAUCGCCGACAUGGGAGGACUGAAGCUGUCGUACUAUGCGUACCAGAAGUGGGUGAGGGAGCACGGUCCGGAGAGACCCCUCCCCGGACUCAAAUACACACACGAGCAGCUGGUGUUCAUCGCCUUUGCACAGAACUGGUGUAUGAAGAGGAGAUCUCAGUCCAUCUACCUGCAGCUGCUGACGGACAAACACGCUCCAGAGCACUACAGAGUGAUCGGCAGCGUCUCCCAGUUCGAUGAGUUUGCUCGAGUUUUCCACUGCCCGAAGAGUUCGCCCAUGAACCCUGUGGACAAAUGCUCCGUAUGGUGACCUCUGACCCCCCCCUAAAAGAUAACCUGUUGACCCCUGGGACCCUCCUCUUCUUGUUAACGAGCCUAAUCUGCCUGUAAAGGAGGAACUUUCUAACAUCAUCACCUUUUCAAUUAGGAGUGUUUUUACAUCGUAUGUACUAACCCAUUCAUC